UCAGGAAGAGAUGGUCGAGAUGGACGAGACGGGAUUCAAGGAGCAAAGGUUUGAAAAAAGAAGAAUUAUGUUUUGAGACUUAUUAGUAAGCCAUAGGAGUUCGGCAGGACGAAGGUUACGUACUUUCAAGAAUAACCCUUAAUCCCUUACUAUAGUAUGAAUUCUCUGCAAAGACCUCGGAGGGCUUACAUUAUUUUAAUCUUUUUUUUUUUUUUUUCAAAAACGUUUGAGGAGGUGGUGGCGGCUAGGAAGAGGGUGGCUUCUUCCAUUUGUUCUUUAACUGAGUGAAAACACCAUUUUGGUAACAAAAGCAAGAGGAAUUUAUACAAAAAGUCACCCCCAUACCUUUUUUGUGAAAUGGUGAUGACUCUGUUUCUGGUCCGGAGAUAUGGAGUGACAUUAUACAAAUUGCACCCUACUUUGAUCAAUAAUUUCAUUUAAUGCAUUUUUCAUCAUAUAAAUGGAAAGGUAGACACGAUAGAGCUAAUGGCUGAAGAAAAAAGUAUGUUUAAAAAAGUCGAAUCCUUAGUAAUCGCCCUUUAUCUUUAGAAUACCAACAAAAAUGAUUGUUUUUCGGCUUUGGUUUCUCUCUUAGAUUGUAAGUAAUAAAUCUACAAAAUAACCCACAAUAUCCAAGAACAACGAAGAUUUUAAAAAAUUAUUGAUAUUAUUCAUAAAACUUUUGUUAUCCAGGGAGAAAAGGGGAGUCAAGGGAACACUGGAAACGCCGGGAAAAACGGAGAAAAGGUUAGUGAGAAUUGUUGUUUCGAUGCCAGUCAUAACUUAAAAGUUCUAUCUAACAAGAAAUUGACGUUUCAUGUUAUACUACUAAGUUUUUUGUGGUAAGUACCUUACCUAGUCCCUGUAAGGUGUUUUCCCAGGCCUUUUCGGUUAAUUCACUUCAGUGACGUAUCCGAGGCGAACUUGGGGGAAACUCACUUCUUCGCUCAGACCACGUGACCAAAACGAAUUGGCUGUGCGGAGUAAUGAGACCUAGGGACGAGGCAAUUGUCCCCUUGAUCCCAAGAAUCUGUGACCCAGACCCCACCCAAUCCCGUAUAACUGAACUUCAGCCUCGUUCCAGGACUUUUCCAUUACAGUGGCGAACAGGUCCAGCCCCAAUCCCUUGUUUGAAAAGGGCUGCAAGAAUUCCACUAUUGUGGGAAGUUCAGCGUAAUGAUUCUUGCUAGUAUACCCAAAUUAUACUGAAUGUGCUGAACCAUCGCCUAAAGGUUAUAGUGCGAAACAUUCAUUUGCUUUAAGGUGUAGUUGUUAUUUUUUUUCGUCAAAAGUUUGUUGUUAACAGGGUUUCUCUCCAUUGUAGACUACCCACCUAUUCACGAUCUUGAAUAGGUCAGCUAAUGUGUUGAUGCUAGCUUUUUUCAAAAUGAUAAUCUUGAAAUAAAGCAAAGAACGAUAAAGCAAAAGCCGGAACUGAGGGAAACCUUACCAUAUUUUUUCCUGGAAAUUAAAUGUUUCAAAAGUGCUGAUUAUUCCUUAUUUUAAUAUUUGCUUGUCAGGGACAGAAAGGAAAAAGCGGUUUACCAGGAAAAUCCCCGAGAGGUGUAAUCAAGUUCGAAGACACUGAUAAGAAAUGUACGCCGAGUAUCGCUGGCACUGUUCGUUACAGUACUAUCCAGAAAACCUUGCAACUCUGCGAUGGAAAUGCUUGGCUGGAAGUACUAGCAGCAGGGAAAGGUCACGUGGCACAAAAACCAGGCCGCCAUUGUUUAGAUAUUUUAAAUUCGGGUGAGCUUUAGAUCGAAGUAAGGGCUCGUGUAAGCUGUCAUGUUCUGAUUACAAUUUCAAAACUGAAAAUGAUCGCGUCAAACUAGAGGACAUAGUUAGUAGAGAAGUUCACGCUCUAUUAACUUUGAACAAGUAGAUUCAUCUCUUUGAUUCCAUUGUAGGGUUUGGCAUCAUCACACAAAGGACAGUGCAAAGUAACACGUCAACAUUAAAAAAGAAACAUACACCCGUAGACAAACGAUCGUCACUCGUUUCCAUCCGCCAAACUGACAUUUUCCUCUCAGUGGCUCUAACAAGACAUUUCACUUUUCUUACGUAAAAUUUCUCUGUCUCUUGAAAUUUCUGCUCAUAAAAGUCUAAGUCUCUUUAAUUUUUAAGGGAAGAAAAAAUUCAGGAUGACAAACAACGAGAUUUUCCAAUUUUAAGCUUUUCUUGUUCCCAUUUAUUUUAAUCAGGUCAGAGCCGUGGUAGCGGGCUUUACUGGAUCGAUCCAAACGGUGGUUCAACAGAUGACUCGUUCCAAGCUUUUUGCGACAUGGACACUCAAAGUGGAGGCUGGACCCUAGUUGCAACAAAGGUAUCCCCAAGCUUCCUUUUCAUUAAAUCUCCUUUCUCACCAGUGGCCGCCAAAACUAAGAACGCAGACGCCGCGAGUCAUAUCCAUCCAAGUAUGGGGGACUGGGAAGAGGUCAUGUUCCGCUUUGCUGACGUUAACACCAUCCGGGUUAUUUACAACAGGAAGGCAGGCGCACCAAACAAUGACAAGGAAGAAUUCGACAAGUAUUUGAUGGGAAAAACUAUGAAUUUGAGAAAAAACGUGAAUGGAUUUUACAAGUACAGUCCAGCAGAUCAAAACAGAAAUCCCGCCGUGGGUUUUGCUACCAUAUCUGGCUGGCACUACUAUUCAAAUAAUGGGAUUUCAGAAGAUCAUGGGGGCACGGACAAGUGGCUUGACAUGUGGAAUAGUGCUGACGGCUCAAACAACUACAUCUCCUCCGAUGACAGCAGGGCGCGGGGCACCAAGUGUAUCGCGGGCUACUGUUAUCUGAACAAGCCAAUCUGGGUCAUGGUCCGCUAG